AUGCUGUUAAAAAAAAAAAGAGAAUUCGAAAAUCAGAAAGGAAAGGAGAAUAUUUAAAUUUAAACCUCAUCUAAUAAAAAGGGAGAAUUUUAAGUUAAACAAAAGCUUCUGUUACCAAAAAAUCUACUUUAUAAAUUAUUCCUAUACUUAACUCCAAAAGAGAUUAAUAAACUCAUUAGAACACUCAAUCAUUAAUAUUUGUAAUUAAUAAGUCAACAAUUCUGGAAUGUAAUAUUCGUAUUUAGCUAUUAGUAUUAUAACAGAUACAAUCCUUUAUUAUUUGAUGACUUAUAUUCGAAGUUCAAAUUUUUAUAAGAAAGAAGAUCAAAAGGCAAAUUAUAUCAAGUUUGCAAUAGAUUGACUGGUUAAUAAUUUGUGCUCAGAGAACUUGACACAAUAAAAGCAAAUGCAAAUCAUAAUGAUGGAGUGUAGACAUCAGUUCUAAGAGAAAUUUCAUAUAUGAAAUCAUUAAAAUCUCAUCCUAAUAUAGCUUCUAUUGUUUAAGUGAAAAUUACAAAUCAUAUUGUAUCAAUCCUAUAUGAAUAUUACCCUUUGAAUUUAAGAGAUUAAUUGAAAUAGACAGAGUUGACAAUUGAAUAGAUUAAAUCACUUUUUUUAUAAAUAUGUUAAGGUGUUGAAUAUUUACAUUAGAACCAUAUAUUACAUCGGAAUUUGAAACCGGAUAAUAUUUUAAUUAAUAAUAAAAUAGUUAAAAUUUCAGAUUUUGGAAUGUCUAGAUUAGAAACAUUUCCUAUAAUUCCAUAUACACCAGAAGAUCCAAAAGAAAGAGAAAGAUCAAACAGAGAAAUUAAAAGAUUAUGGUAUAGAGCUCCAGAAAUGUUAUUUAGAAAAUAAUAUUACAGUUGUGAAAUUGAUAGUUGGUCAUUGGGAUGUAUUUUAGCAGAAAUGGCUUUAAGAAGUCCUUUAUUUAGUGGCAAAACUGAAAUUGAAUAUUUAUUUGAAGUAUUUUAAUUUUUGGGAUCACCUGAUGAAAAUGACUGGAAUUCAAUAUCAAGUGAUGUUAAAAUAAAAUUCCCUUAAUGGAGAAAAUAUAGCCUAUAAAUCAAUGAAUUAUAGAAAAAUGAUAUAGUAGAUAUAAUUUAGAAUAGAAAAUAAAUUUAUGAAAAAUUAAUUACUCUUAAUAAAGUUUUAGGUAAUGAUGGAAUUGAUUUAUUAUAAAAACUAUUAUGUAUAAAACCAGAAAAACGAUUAGAUAUUAUUGAUAUUGUUUAACAUCCUUUUUUAAAUGGUGUUAUUCAAAAUACAUAAAUUCAUUAUAUAGAACCUAAAUUCAAAGAAUAUUUGGAAUUUUAAACAGAAAUCAAUCAAACUAUGAGGAGUACAUUAAUUGAUUGGUUGAUUGAUGUAUGCAUUCAUUUUGAAUUGAUGGAUGAAACAUUACAUCUAUCAAUCAUUUAUAUUGAUUUAGUUUUAUCAAUAAUGAAGAUAAAUAGAAAAGAUUUAUAAUUAAUUGGAGUUACAUCCUUAAAAUUAGCUGAGUAAUAUAUUUCAUUAAAUCUAUAGUGUUUAUAAUGAAAGGUCUAAGGAAUACUUUAAAUAAGAAAAUUGUAAUGCUUAUGCUUAUAUUACUGCAGAUGAAUACAAUGAAAAACAAAUUAUAAAUAUGGAAUAAUAAAUUCUUUCAAUUUUAGAUUAUAACUUAACUUAUAGAACACCAAUUUAAUUCUUAAAAAUUAUUAAUUCAAAAUUGAAAGUUUCAAAUGAAUCUUAAAUGUUAUCUUACUUUUUUUGUGAUUUUUUUAUUAUGGGAUAUGAAUAAUUAAUUAUUGAAAGAUAAUUAUAUGCAAUUUGUUGUUUAUUAUUAGCUUUAAAUACUAAAAAUGAAUAAAUAAAUUCAAAUUAACAAUUUUAAUUUACUGAAAAAGAUGUAAUAGAAGCUUUUGAUAGAUUUUAUAAUGUGUGGUAAUUUAUUAAGUUAUAACCACAAAUUAACUCUUUAGAAGCUUGUAUGUAAAGACAUAAACAUUUAAAUCCAAGAGACAUAUAAUUAAAUAUUCCACACUAAGAGUUUAUAACUUAAUUUUUAGGAUGA